AACCAAAGGGAGCCUAUGCAGUAUUCCAGCCCACCCAAGGAAACAGACCAAAUUGCUAAUAGGCUUUCGUCUCCAAAGCCCAUCAGCGCAACUAACGGGCUUCAAAUAAUCCGGCCCGGCCCGCUAAAUGGAGGCAGUACAAAGCCCGCGACCCAUAACCGGUCCGAGCAGGAGGGGAAAAAAAAAGAAGACGCGCACGCUCGCAUUCCAGAACCCUCGCCGCCGCCGCCGAGGCCGAUGACAUCCGUGCGCAGCUCCGCCGCGUCCCUGCUCCCGUCGAUCCGCGGGGCGGCAGAGCUGGUGAGGCAGGAGGCGCUCCGUCGCGAGCUGGACGGGUGCCAGCUCCUGGCGGGCAUCUGGUGCCACGGCCUGACGGUGGCGCAGCUGCGCAGCAUCCGCGCGUCGCUCCCCCCGACGGCGCGGCUGCUGGUGACGAAGAACUCCGACAUGGCGGCGGCGGUGGCGGGGACGCGGUGGGAGGCGCUCCGCCCCUGCGCGCGGGGCAUGAACGCGUGGCUGUUCGUGCGGUCCGACGAGAUCCCGCCGGCGCUCAAGCCGUACCGCGACUUUCAAAAGGAGUGGAAGCUGCAGCUCAACGACUUCACCGGCGCCGUCUACGAGGGCCGGCUCUACGGGCCCGACGACUUCGCGAAGCUCGAGGCCAUGCCCACCAGGGCGCAGUCCUACCAGUACCUCCUCGGAUGCCUCCAGAUGCCCGCCGUCAACGUCCUCGCCGUGCUCCGCGCGCGACAGGAGGCCAUGGCGCAGGCCGACAAGCCGCCCGCGGAGGCAGAGGCGGCAGCACCGGCGGCGGCGGAGAAGUGAUCCCUCGAGGUUCUUUUGCGCUCGUCUCACUCACUCUGAGUUCUUGAUCGAUGUUGCAACUCAGCUGCGGCUUGGGUUAAAAGCUCCUUUUUUUUUCACAUUUGUGCUGCUGCAAUUUGUUCUCAGUUUGGGAUACAUGUAGUAGAAACACUCGUAAAUCAUAACGACGCUGUUCUGAGGUAUUGUCAUGCUCAUGAGCUUGGUUUUGAGGUGAGUGAUGCUGAAUCGCCAUUGGUGGUUCAGAGUGUAGUAGAAACACUCGCAAAUCAUAACGACGCUGUUCUGAGGUAUUGCCAUUGCAGGGUGAUUUUGUUCUCAGGAAAUUUGAUUAUAUGCGAUAAAGUAUAUUGUGAACUGUUUGCUA